GGGAACGUGCGGUUUGUCGUGUAUUCGUUAGGUGAUAAAAAACGCGACACAUCAGUGAAAGAGCGGAGACUUUAUUGCUUGUGGGUCAACGGGAUACGUGCACGCGUACGGGUGCUCACGACACGAGACACACGUAAAACACCCCAGGCUUGGAUAAGGAGAUUGUGUGCUAAAUCUCACGUUCACACAGAAUCCAUCAAUCUUGGACGUUUCCACUCUAUCAGGAUGGAGGGGGAGAAGAAACAGAUAACAUGCUACCUAAUGUUUUCUUUAUCAACGGCUGUAAUCGGUUCGCUACAGUUUGGCUACAACACAGGUGUUAUCAAUGCACCUGAACAGAAAUUACGAGCCUUUUUCAACGAGACAUGGAUGCAGCGCUACGGGGAGCCCAUCAAGCCGGGCGUGUGCACCAUCGUGUGGAGCUUUGCGGUGGCCAUCUUUAGUGUGGGUGGAAUGAUAGGCUCCUUCAGUGUUGGUGUCAUAGCCAACAAAUUUGGAAGACGUAGAUCCAUGUUUCUCGUGAAUAUCUUGGCUGUGAUUGGUGGCGCUCUCAUGGGAUUGUGCACUCUCUGUUACUCCUUUGAGAUGGUCAUUGUUGGCCGGCUGGUGAUUGGACUGUUCUGUGGUCUCUUUACUGGUCUUACUCCAAUGUACGUUGGGGAGUUGUCGCCCACUCCCCUUCGCGGGGCCUUUGGGACCCUGCACCAGCUUGGCGUCGUGGUGGGCAUCUUAAUUGCUCAGAUCUUUGGUCUGGAGUAUAUACUGGGUUCACAAAAGCUCUGGCCUUUGCUUUUGGCUUUAACCGUCCUACCUGCCAUCGUGCAAUGUAUUCUGCUGCCAUUCUGCCCUGAGAGUCCUCGCUACCUUCUUAUCAACCUUAACCAGGAGGAGCAGGCCCGCAAAGUCUUGGUGCGUCUCCGUGGUUAUGAGGAUGUGGGGAAGGACAUGCAAGAGAUGAAAGAGGAAAGUAUGAAGACACAAAUGGAAAAGAAGGUGACCAUUCCCGAGCUCUUCCGCUCCCCUGCUUACCGGCAGCCUAUCCUCAUCGCUAUAAUGCUUCAGCUUUCCCAGCAGCUCUCCGGCAUCAAUGCUGUGUUUUAUUACUCAACUGGUAUAUUUGAGUCCGCCGGAGUGACUCAGCCCAUCUACGCCACUAUUGGAGCUGGUGCAGUCAACACUGUGUUUACUGUGGUGUCUCUCUUCUUGGUGGAGAGGGCCGGACGGAGAACUUUGCAUCUUAUUGGUUUGGGUGGAAUGGCUGUCAGCGCCUUGAUCAUGACCAUCGCCCUCUUAAUGAAACACAUAGAGGCAGUUCGGUACCUCAGCAUUGCUGGAGUUUUUGCCUUCGUGGCCAUGUUUGAGAUGGGACCAGGGCCUAUUCCAUGGUUCAUAGUGGCUGAACUCUUCUCUCAGGGUCCCCGACCCGCAGCCAUGGCCGUCGCUGGAUGCUCUAACUGGACAGCCAAUUUCCUUGUGGGAAUCAGCUUCCCCAAACUAGAGGAACUGUGUGGGCCAUACGUCUUCAUCAUAUUCAUGAUCUUCCUCAUCUUCUUCUUCAUCUUCACAUACUUCUGCGUCCCUGAGACGAAGGGGCGAACAUUCGACGAGAUCGCUCGUGGUUUUAGCGGAGCCUCGCCUCCGCCCGCUGCCUCCUUGGAAGAGUCCGGCAGGGUGCCGCUUCCAGACUCCCCAGUGAAAGAGAAGGUCCCGUUGGUGGAAGCUUCCAGAAAUUCCUCUGAGCAGGGACCCAGCUCAUCCGAGCAGUGCACAGGAGAGGUGGGAAAGGUGGAGGAGCCAUUGGUAGAAUCUAGCAAAUAAGUCAAAUCUACAAUAGGUUCGGUUUUUAAAGAACAGCAUAUAAAUACAGCUUAACAUCAUUAAAGCCACAGCAGGUACCAGUGAAGAUAGAAAUAUAAUACUAGAGAUUAUAUUGGCAAGAGAUUAUUUAGUUUCAACAGAUUAGGAAGGAAACUGCAGUGGUGAGUCACAAAUCACCUACCGUAGAUGUAUUUUAAAGUGAUAGAAGAGCUCCUAGAGCGUGAGCUUUAUUUUAUUGUUACUUAUUGAUGGUUGGUGCAAUAUUGAUUAUUGUUUUAAGGGUUUUAUCAUUCUAUCCUCGUGUGUUGAUAUUCCUAUGUGUGUCUUUUUGGUAACGUUUCAAUGUAAAAAUCAAAUCGGGCUUGAAAGGGAAUUUCACAUUUGGCCUUCAUAAAUCCACUCGUCAUCAGAAUUCACCUUCUUUAAGAAAAAGCCAAAUUGGCAACUCAUUUUUAAAGAAGCCCCUAUAAAUCAAACACUCUCAAGGUUUUUGCACAUACGAUAAAGUGAAAUAUUAUGAAAUGUGUGUAUAUAUAAUACAAUAUAUAGAUAUAUACUUUUUCAUUAGCUCAGAUCACUAUAUGGCCAUUUAUUAGAAACAAUACAUUUAAAUAGAUUUAAAUAAAAUAAUAAAUAUUUAUAUUUGGGAGGGUUGGGGCUUUAGCUAGUAAGCUUAUGCCAAGAAAUAGUUUACUGCCAAAAAUAAUACAUUUAAAUCAAGUCUUUAGAUGAAUAGCUCAGUCAUGCUGUUCAUAUAAACUUAGUUGUAAAGGGCCGAACUGUAGAGGAGGCAGAUGGAUUGACCAGGGUUUGGUGUUUUUGCAAAUGUUUUGAUCAGGAAGGAAUAUGGGCCAGAUUUACUAACAGCUUGCGCAAACACCUCUUUUGUCGUUAAAGGAGCUGUAUGUAAUUUGGUAACGCAGUCUAAAUAUUAGAGACGUUUUUCCCUUUCCCACUCUCGGGUUGCCAGACAAAUACACCCUAAAAAUUGGUGCUAAAUAGCACUAAAAGCUUGUAAUCAUAGGGAAAUAAUUUUUAACAACAAUACGGGGUGAUAUAGACCCUCUUACUGUUUGUACACAAUGAUGACAAGCAAAUGUGCGUGCAUCUUGGCAACGGAAGUAUGGCGAGAAUCAGCAGCGUGUUAAGCUACGAACGGAUUAAGCAACACAGACACAGAAAGUUAUUUUAAAAAGUUGACUUUAUUAAAUGGUAUCAGGUCAUUAUUUGAGUUGGUCAUUAUGAAAAUUAAACCGUGCACUGCAAAAAAAUAGUUUUUACUUAGUAUUUUUGUCUUGUUUUUAGUUCAAAUCAGUCCUUCCAGAAAAACAUGUUUUUUUGUGAUUGUUGCGGGCAAAAAUCCUUGAUCUUGCGGCAUGUUUUUUUUAAAUGUGAUGGAAUAUACAGAAUAUUUAUGCAAUUUUAUGCAAUGAAAUUGCGGGAACUUGCAAAAACUGCGGGAACUUUUCAUUGAUGUUCACGUCACGUAUUUACGUCACUUCCUAACAUUCCCAUGAUAACAUGGGACAUAGCUGCGCAUGUGUGAAGUAAAUGCAACAUUUUUCAACUUUGUGCUGAGAUAUAUAUGACUUUUUGCUACGAAAAUGCGGAAUUAUGAAAUCAUGCAAGCCCCGCAUAUUUUAUGAGCAGAAAUCUGCAAUUUGUGCGGUGUAUUUAAAAAAUUUGGCCCCCGCAUAAAUAUGCGGACUUUGGCUGGUUAUGCAUUGAAUCAUGCGAUCGCAUAAUCGCGUUUUUCUGGAGGGACUGAAAAAUAUCAGAAGGUUUUUAAAUCAAAUUUAAGUAAAUUUCUGCAUAAAACCAGCAAAAAAAUCUGUGUAAAUAUGUGGUAAGCUAAUUUUUCUUGAAUUAAGUGUUUAAGAAAAAAGUUCAAGAUUUUACGCUUAUCCCAUUAUAUAAUUAUCCCUUUUUUUUUGCUUGUUAUUUUUUUUUCUAAAAACUAGACUUAUUCUCUCAUCAAGAAAAUGCAUUUUGAUUUAAGCAUUUUUUUAAAUGUGUACUAAAAACAAGACAAAAACACGAAGUAAUAAAGUCGUUCCAAUCGGCUCAUUUUUGUGUUAAUUUGCCUUGUUAUGUAAAUCUGGCCCUAUAAACAUUAAAAACGCUACUGAAUUUUCUGUGCUAGAUGUUUAGUAUAGGCUACCAGCAUUUUGUGCCCAUAGUAUGCACUGCACCAACUCACGUUGACGUUUGACGGAGCAGUGCCAGACAUCUCACCUGAUUUGAAUAAAUGUUUAUUAUGAUUGUUGCUCUGCACUUUCCUACACCGCAAGUCCUUUUUAAAGAGAGAACAGUAUUUAUUUAUUUAUUUAUAUUUAUUUUUGCUUCUAUUAGAGUGUGUGUAACAAAUUCUAUAAUGUAUGUGAAAAAUUCUUUAUGCUGCCAAUUGCUUACGUGCUCCUGUUUUUUCUGGAUAUUGAAUGUGAAAGUAUUUAUUAAGCACAUUUAGUAAUUGUGUGUACAAACAUGCUGUUCCCUGUAAAUCAUAUAUUGUUGCAUGGAAAGCAACUCCAUGAAAAAUAGGCCAAGAAGGAACAUUCCACAUGCUGUGAUGUGCUCUGACUGCAUAGCUUCAGCUGUUAUACACUUCACAUACCUCUGCUGUGCAUAUUGUACACAUUAAAAACACAUUUUUCUGCUUAUUGUACAAAGUUAGAAAAACUUCACUGUAAAUAUCUGCAUUGACGUUUUGUGUUGGAUGGUGUCAGUGUUUGGCUUGCAGUUGAACGAGAACGUCUGUCCGCUUGACAAAAGUGUUGAUGUUUUGACAUUUGUAUAUUUGAUGGUGGGUUUUCAUGCAGGUGUAUCAAAAUCAUGAGUGGUGUGUACAGUUGUUUUAUUAUUUUGUGAAUAAAUAGUCUAAAUAA